AUGACCAAUUUCGACCUAAGUUCCCUGCCCUACUAUGACCCUCGCAAACACCGCAAAGUGGCCCUGGUAACAGGAGGAAACAGCGGCAUUGGGUGGUUUACCGUUCUGCACCUAUACAUGCACGGGUUUGCGGUUUAUGUCGCUGGGAGAAAUGCUAAUCGAGUUUCUCGAGCACUUAAGGAUAUCAAAAAGGAAGCCAAAAACAGACUCAAAGAACUGGAACCGAAAGAUAGACAUCCCGUAGGCGAGCUUCUGUAUUUGUCUCUGGAUUUGGCGCAAUUGAAAACCGUCGAGAAAGCUGGAAAGAAGUUUCGGAGUUUAGAGUCGUCUCUGGACGUCCUUAUUAACAACGCUGGGGUUAUGGCCCUUCCGUACAGUGUCACAGAGGAUGGAUUUGAAAUACAGCUUCAAACAAACUACGUGGCUCAUUUCCUACUUACAAUGCAGCUCUUGCCCAACAUCAAACGCUGUCGUGGCAGAAUAAUUUCUGUCUCGUCUAUAGGCCACAAUUUGGAGCUCUCCUACUUUAGCUUAUCGCAAAGUUUCAAUUACAAACCCAACAUACUCUUUACGUGGAUGCGCUAUGCAAUGGCAAAAACUGCUUGUAUCCAGUUUGCAAAAAUGCUGGCAAUCAAGCAUUCAGAUGUUUUGUGCAUGUCUGUGCAUCCAGGUCUAGUCAUGAAAACUAAUCUUUUCAGCUAUUGGACCCGGCUGCCUAUUGUGGGCAUUUUCUUCUGGUUUUAUUUUCAGUUGGUGGGUUAUUUUUUCGGAGUUUCCAAUGAACAGGGUUCGGUUGCUACACUAAGAGCAGCUCUUUCGUCAGAACUCGAACGGGAAUGGGAUAACGGGAAGUACCUCACCACUGGCGGGCGAGAAUCUAAACCAAGCUACGUGGCCAACAACCUCGAUAACGCCGCUUCAACUUGGCUGUGGACGAUCCAUGAACUACGAGACCGUGGAUACGAUUUUUGA